CGAAAAUGAACAUAACAAGUCACGGUGAGGACAAAAUCGAAAAAGAAAAAGGAUUUAAGACGGAAGUGAAAGAACAACUAAAAGGUGGGGACUACUUUUCACUCUUUCCAUCUUUACGUGCAGUAGAAAAGCAACUUUCAUGGCUGCAAUGGACGAGACGGUCCCUAGCCGAUUAAAAAAAAAAAAAAAAGGACAAGACGGUUCCGGGACGCACCGUUGCGACAGUUGGUUGACACUUCUUCCCGGCCCAAAAAAAAAAAAAAAAAGGCUCCAGUGCGUACUCUUAUUCUCUAAAAAGACUGCCACAGUCACUCAGCAUUUGACAACGAGAGAAGCAGAGAUGACUACAGGAGGCAAUCUCCCUCACAAAUCUCGACAUGAACAUCAUCUUCAACUGUCAUCACCCUCCGCCGGUUACGUCAAUCACAGGGCUGGUGUGAUGGAGCUUGAGGCGGUCGCUUCUGAACUUCUUGCACUGAGACGGUUAUAUGAGCUUCUCCAAACAAGUGAAGAUGGAGAACUUGAUUCUGUUGCAGGACAUUUAGAUGACAGUGCACGAUCAUUGCUAAAGGAUCUACUUGAUCAGGCAUCAGAAAGACUUCUUAAAACAUAUUCGCAGAUUCUAACUGACCAAUUAAGUACACGAGUGGCAUCUUCUGCUUCCUCUUCAAAGCAGCCUGCCGAUUCAACUCAGGCAGCGAGAAAUUCUCUUGUUACCCCAAAUAUAGAAAGUGAGUCGAGCUUCCAGAAAACCAUCUCAAACAAGGAUGAUAUAACCACCGCCAGAGAAGCGUCUCAGUUUCUUGGAGUCUCUUCGAACAAACCUGGAAUCUUGAACAGACGCUGCAGUAUCUGCCUCCAACACAGAACGAUGCAGCAGGUCUCACCAGAGGUUGCAAAUGCAAGACCUUUGACAGAGAAAGAGACCCAACAAGACAAUCAUCUUUACAAAUCAAAUGUUCCCGUUGAAGAUUCAAAUCUCUUUCGCACUGCAUCAAAGAGUAAUGAGAAGCCACCAAAGCAGAAGAUUCAGCCCAAAAACUCUACAUCAGUUAAAGCACAUAGCACGAAAGAAGAGAUCUCCCCACGCAGAGAUAUAGCUUAUGCAAUCAAGCGGAUUGAGGCCCAGAUUUUGGUUCUGCAGCAUCUCUCGCGACUUGCUGGAAGACAUAUGGCAGAUCCUUCUAAGACAGGCAAGCAAGUUACAAGAAAGCCGGCAAACUUCCCAAGUCCUCAGAGGGAGAAUAACAAAUCUACCGCUAGGAUGGCACGAAGAACUGAGACUCCCCUUCGGAGCAUGAGUCAGGUUCCGAAACUAACCACUGGGACUUCCAGCCAGACUAGCGACUUUGGGCAUGGGUUUCGUGUCCCACAGGGCGUGGCUGAGAUGGAGAUGAGUCCUAAUCAGACAGACAACGAGGAGUCAGUCGAGGGGGUAGUGCAACCGAGGCAGUUUGCUCCAACUCAUGAUGUGAUACACUCCGCAACUACUUCUGGUUCUAGUAACCAAUACUAUGCGACUACUGCUGGUUCCAGUAACCGAAAAUUGAUGAUAGGGAAUAACUUAAUUGGUCGUGUGAAUAAUCAUGGACCAGCUCUAAUAGAACAAAGGGUUGAUAAGAGGAGGUCUUCAGAAGGGAAUAGUGGCCGCAAGAUCAGUCGUCCUAUGCCAACAAAAAGAGAUCGGCCAUGUCAGAUUGAAUCAGAGGAAAGCAGCUUACGUUCUCAGGAUUCCUCUUCAUACAGUACUAGCUGGAUAAGCAGUCAGCGGACCAGCCCGAGCAGCAGUUACACUGGUGAGGAUUACUUGCGAUCGUAUACAGAUUCCUCUAAAGGAAGUGAAAGUGAAUCAGAGGAUAGCAGCUCAUUUUCUUCGGAUUCGGUUCCAAGCUUACAAGGGCACAUGCAACCUCGGCUUAAGGAGGUCAGCCCCAGGAGGAAAUUCCAAUCGCCGAAUCCCAGGAAAGAGAUUGGGAAGCUCAGAAAGAUCAAAAACAAGUUGGGGCUUAUAUUCCAUCAUCACCACCAUCACCACCAUCACCAUCACCAUGAAAACGAAGAAGAUAGAGUUCACAACAAGUCCAAGUGGACGAACAUGAAGAAGAACGUUCUUCACGGUCCAAGAGGGAGAGAGAUAGUACAAAAGUCGAAGAAGUCAUUGGGCAAAAGAAGCCAAGGAGGGCACUUUCAUGCACUUGUAGAGGGACUCCUGAGGCACGUUGGACACAAGAAGAAGAAGAAAUUACGAGCCCCUGAUCCGAAUGGCUUAAGGAGGAAUAGCAAGAAGAAGAAAAAGAAGAAAUUGCCUUGGUGGCAGAUGAUGAGGCGUCGAGGUGGAGUGAAGCUCCCUAAAGGAGGACGGCGACCCAAGCUAAAGUUACCCAACAAACGGCCAAUGCCAUAGCUUGAAGCACUGAAUAGAUGGGUUAUUCAAAUGUUCUCACUGAAGUACCUUGGAUGUCUUUAGACAUAUAUGUGCACUUUCAGCUUGUCUGUUUGCAGCAUUUGUUUCUUGAUGUGCAAUUCAACUUUGAAUCUUUAGAGAUCUUACAAGUGGAACAACUCUCUUAAACAUCAU